AUGUUUGACGCAACCAAGCACAUCUGCACGAGCAUUCCAACCCUGGAAGGCAUGAAAGUCCUACUGGCUAGGUUUCAUCGAGUUGUUGAACACCCAUACGCCUCCGCCGCGAUCCUUCUUCUAUGGGCGUUCUAUCCCUUAUUCCCUUUCCAUCUGUUCUACUUCUUGUUCUACGUUAUUCCUCGGAAUCUCGUCCUGGGAAUUCUUACCUGCCUUGGGUUUGAGGGUUAUGGGCUGAGAGCUGAUUCUCCUGCUUCCCGAUAUCAAUCACGAAAUUAUGGCGGCUUUAUACCCAGAAACAGCGUCUUUUCUAGGACUCAGUCCUAUGGGACGACGGGCAUUAUUGACCAGACAGGAAGUCCACAAGCCAGUAGCCAUUCUGGUUCUCUUGAAGUACGGCCGCCCCCGUUAGUGGUGUAA